AUGUCCGCAAUGGUGCUUCCUGUGGCUGUGUUCAGGAUAAUGGCUCCGGGUUGCUGCUGGUUGUUAGCUGCCUUGGUUGCUAGGGACUCGCUUGGGAUCUCUGAGAGCCUCAGCUGAUCGGGCCUGAGCAGGAGAGGGGUACUGCUUGAUGUUGGGGUGCACAGGGUGAGUGUGGCAGGGAGACAGGCAGCUAAUUUAAUCAUAAUAGGAAGUGUGAGUGCAUCCACAUUAAGGUGAUCACUGAUCACAUGGGGAUUGGGGAUCAAUAAUGCAAAGUGUAUGCUGCUGGAGUGCAUUAAAAUCUCAUUUAUUCUAUGUAUUGCCUGGGUUUUUGUUGUGUUCAAUCAUAAUUUAGAAUAUAGGUGAGUGGGUCUCAUCCCCUGGUUCAGAAUCCAAAUGUGGGUCCGCAUGCAAUUAUUAUAGAAACUCAGUGAAACUGCAACUAUUAUAGAUACUCAGUGAAACUGCAAUUAUUAUAGAUACGCAGUGGUUAUUACAGUACAACGGAGACCCCCCCCCUUUAAAGUGUUUAAUGUUAGUAUUCAUUGUAUUACAUUCGAAGAAUGGGUCGCUGCGUUUAUUUUACAGUCGAAUAAUAACACUAUAUACAUAACAAUAUUGGUUGCUAUCCGAAAAAAGGUACACUCUAAACAAAGGGACGCGCAUCGCCUUGCAACAGUUGUCUCAUUCAAACGCUUUAUCUUUAACAAGACAGUUGUCUCACUCUGCAGGCAGUAAAAAGCAGAUAAAGAUUUUUGUUUUGUUUUUUAAUAUUUACAUGCUUCUUCUUUCUCAUGGCUUCUACACCCACUCCAUAGGGGCAUUAAUCUAUUCUAACCAAUCAGUGCGCUAUCCCUAGGAAUGCUGGAAAAAUGCACAGGGCAUGACUGACAGAUGUACACAUGUGCAGUUGGAAGAUCUCUUUAACAUCCUAAUUUUGAGAAGAGAAGGAUUCUGAACGGGGUGAUUAAUGCAGAGCAGACAACGGUGUCAUUUUUUUCUCUUUUGUUUCUGCACAAUGAUGCCGUGUUUCUGUCAUUAGUUGACUGGUAUAAAACUGAGAAGGGUGUGUAAGACAGAGGGGGUGAGGCUCAAGAAACUCUUCUAGCUGCGAGGCGUGCCCCACAAUGCAUUCUGACCACAUUUUAUAGUUUGUUUGUAGACGUUUAUUACAUACUUUUCAAAGUUUUCCUUGCUUUAUUUUGGUUUGUGUAUUUGUUUAAAAGUGGUCAUUGGCUGGUUUAAAAAAAUAAUUGUCAAGUGAUGCAUGUCCCUCUAAUGCAGUGGUCAGGAUGCACAAAUGCCACACCUUUUGUCCGGCAACGUAAAACAAUACAUUUUCUGAGAAAUUGCAAUUUUAACAUUUUCCAUAAACACGUUUCUAGUGGCUGUACAUGCACUUCUUCAUUAAAGGGACAAUCUAAGCACCAGAAUCACAACAGCUUAAUAUAGUGGUUCUGGGAUGAAGAGACUGUCUCUGCAGUCUCAGCAAUGCAAGCGUUGCAUUUUUAGAGAAAAGGCAGUGUUUACAUUGCUGGUGUAUGCCACCUCUAUUGGUUGGCACAUAGACAGCCACUAGAGGAGCUUCCUGGUGUGUUACUUCAAUCUUUGCAGGACAGACGUUCCAUGUCUUUGUGCUCAGCAUGAAGGUGUCAAACUCUCCCAAUAGAGAUGCAUUAAGUCAAUUGCUUUGCAUGCGCACUAGCCCCCUAAAUGCUUACCUAUGUGUAAUGAUAUUAUCCAUGGAAGGAGUGGCAUUUGCAGGGUGAUCUGCACACUGGGGUUAUAAGGCAAGUAUAUUCUAAUUUUGUUUAGGAGGGCUUGACAAGCUAAAUCGAAAUACUCUACUCUAAAGUUAGGAAUACAUGAUUGUAUUACACAGCACCCAGAGCAGCACAUCAGCUGCCAUCAAGAUAAUGGAGACGUUUGAUUCUUCUUAAUCCAGCUACGGUUAGCCAACAGAUAACCCAGCAGUCUUUGUAGAAUUUAUAACUCAACCUGUAGUUUGGCUAAAGCAUUAUAGGUGUUCUUCAACAGCUGUAGGGCUGUCUGUGUGCAGCAUGUCUGUCUGUUACAGCACUCCUUUCUAUUUUUAGAUUAAAGAGCUUGCAAUCUGUUCGUGGACCUGGUGGAUAACAUCACUCAGAAUGUCUUGGAUUUCGGGUGAAAACGAUAUGGAAGCUGAUGAACUGGGAGAGGUGCUAGGAAAUACAAAUCUAUUUUAUGUCAAUAACCAUAAGUAAUAAAACCAGCUACAUCAGAGUAUACCUUCCAUGGCACAAUUAUUGUUUUAAUAUUAUAUUCUUCUAUACAGUGUGGUAGCAGAUUUGUUAGCAAAUGCUUAGGUGUUGUUAAAGAGUCUUUAAAGAUAUAGUCUCUCCACUCACACAUAGAUAAUCUACUUGGUUUAUAUAGGGCUACACUGAGAAUUCAGUGGCAGAGAUUACCAAAAAAACAGGGACUGCAGCCCCAGGGUCAUUUUUAACCUCCUCCCAAAACCAGCUCUAUAUAACACCCUAAGAGAAGUUGCACACCCUAAUGUGUUCUGCUGUUCAACCUUUCAACCCAGGACAUUACAAGCCUGCACCCACAGCCUACCACAGAAUACCCCAAUGAUGCUCUAGCUGAGUAGAAGGGACUUGUGGUUUACUUUGAAAUGGUGUCAUAAUUAGACUAUAAAUAUGUGAGUUUAAAUGUAGGUAUGUUUUUCAUCAUUAAACAGGCUCUGUAUUUUUAUGCAUCGUAUAUUCAAUAAAUGAAAGUUAAAAAAAUAAAAUAAAACUGUGAUGAGAGCAAUUAAUGGGCUGAAACUGGAAGCAGCAUUGAACUCCUCAUAGACCAGGAAUAGUCUUCACCAAUCGCACUGCUCCUUCCAGACCAGAAAUAGUCUCCAAAUCAUUGAGACUCAAUACUGAUGUCUGACUUUGUUCCACAAACCCCGUCUAGACAUGAUAUACAGCCUCUAUCAGCUAAUCUACUUAUCAGAUCUGAUAAGCUGAACCACUUUAUAAGCUAAUACUAGCCAUAUUGCUAAUGCCAUCAGCUAACUGAUCACCCCAUUACCGGUUCUGUGCAAAGGGAAGGCAGACAUAGUAUAUGGGUACUUGCAUUCAGAGAUAUAUAGAGUGGAUGCAUUCUUUUAGACAACUGUUGAAUGUAAAAUUAAACAACCGCCUAAUGAGACUGUUAACUUAUGAAUCGUGUUUAGCAGAAUUAAACAAGUGGUUAUGAUCUUUUUUAGCUUGGCCACAUUACUGAUGAUGAAGUGUCUGUUGUUACCUAUGAAUCGGAUACAGACAAGGUAGGAAUAUUUGUUUUAAUAUUGUUUGUAGUUUUUAUAAUAUUCUAAACAUUAUCACAGUAACUGCUCAUUUUGUAUGGAUUUAUUUUUUUCAUGCACGUGUUAAGGCUAAUUACCCUGUAAGUUUGGGAGAGGUCAGAGGACAUUUACACGUUUCCCUUCCCCUGCAGCAUGCAGACUCACUGGUUCCCCACCCUUUCUACGUCCCACUUAUCAACUUCACUUUGUCAAGAUGGGUAUUUUUUAGGCCUACACGUUUUAUCUGCAUUUGUCACACCUCGAGUCGAUCCAUUACCACCACUUACUCUAUUACUUUAUAUGUACUUUAAUCUCUAUUUCCAAAAAACUUGACCACAAUUAAAUAUAUCCAAAAUGUAUUGUUGUGCAUCAAUUACAGAUCUUAAAAAAAUUAAAAAAUAAAAUAAAAAACUUUUGAAAGUUAACAUGGGCAUAGUUAUUCUGAGAAUUUAUCUUUACACAAUUAUACCAUUGUUUCCAACUCAAUGUUCAUUGCUUAGCAAUGGAAUACAGUUUUGAUUACAGCUUUUUAAACCAACACAUGGUGGAGAGGAAAAGCUACCGUGGUACAUGCUAGUAUCUGGCGACGUUACUACGCACCCAAAACGUGAGCUUACAUUGUCGCUGAAAUGACAGCGACAUUGUGUCCUUAAUUUAAUGCUAUUUUGCAGAAAAUUAAUGAUGGUCCAGGCACUCAAGGUAAAUCCAAUGUGAGCAGGUUUAUUGGAGCAGAUGAAAAGCAACAUUUCAGCCCACAAUAGGGCCUUUGUCAAGCCCUGUUGUGGGCCAAAACAUUGCUUUUCAUCUGUUUCACUUUGGAUUCACUUUGACUGCCUGGACCAUAAUUUAUUUUCUGCAAAUUACAUUGUGAGGAUAGGCCAACCUCAGACCCGGUUGCACCCUGGGAUCCAGGAGAGUGUGGUAUCCUUUACGGUAAUUACCUAAUAAUCAACUAUUUUUUAUUCUCUAUUUAUAAAAUUUCUUAAAUGGAACGUCUUGCCUCAAAAUAUCUUCAUGAAGUAUCUUUGAAGUGAUGAGUCCCUGGGAGCUACCUUGCCUCCAGGAUUUAAAAUGGUUAGGUAUGGAGGUAAGGAGGCACCCAAAGAUUCCUCGAUUCAUCACCUAUUUAGACGAAGUUAAGAGGAUACGAUUUGUAGUGUCAUAGUUCUGUAGCUGCAGAGCUUUCUGUUUCUUCAUAUUGGUAAAAUCAAAACGAGACCCUAAUACAGAAGUUGCUCCUCACCCCUCUCUCCAUUUCCAGACGUUUUUUUAGAUCUCACCACAUAAAUAUAGGUAGGCUUAGCCACUGAUCAGUUUACUGGUGUAUACUGCGAGUUUGGAUAAAUGGUUCUAAAUUAAAUUAAAUAUUUGAAUUCUUAUUUACAGAAGGUGAAGAAGAAGAAAGGAGUAAAGUCUUCAAGAUUACAAAGUAAGUAUAAAAAUACAAUACUUUUUAAAAAGAAUAAUAAAAAGCAGCCUAUGUGUAAAGAUAAUUACAAGGGUUCCAAAGAAAGGGAAUGUUUGUGCAACCGUUCCAAAACACUGAUGGAUAUGAGGCACACAGUCAAUAAAACUUGAUAUUAAUUACCGGUACAUUUGAUUUUUAUUUGAAAAUUAAACUAUAAAUAUUAAGGAAACAAAAAACAUUUUUUUUUUUUGUCUUUCGCCAUUGCGUGAUUGUAAAACAUUGUAAAGGAUAAAACUUACCAGGAAAGGUUAAAGUAUCUUAACAUGUAUAGCUUGGAGGAAAGACGAGACAGGGGGGAUAUGAUAGAAACAUUUAAAUAUAUAAAGGGAAUCAAUACAGUAAAGGAGGAGACUAUAUUUAAAAGAAGAAAAACUACCACAACAAGAGGACAUAGUCUUAAAUUAGAGGGGCAAAGGUUUAAAAAUAAUAUCAGGAAGUAUUACUUUACUGAGAGGGUAGCGGAUGCAUGGAAUAGCCUUCCAGCUGAAGUGGUAGAGGUAAACACAGUAAAGGAGUUUAAGCAUGUGUGGGAUAGGCAUAAGGCUAUCCUAACUAUAAGAUAAGGCCUGGGACUAAUGAAAGUAUUUAGAAAAUUGGGCAGACUAGAUGGGCCGAAUGGUUCUUAUCUGCCGUCACAUUCUAUUUUUUUAUGUUUCUAUAAUUAACAAAACCAUAAGAAAACACAAAACUAGGCUAGACUUGUUUAAACGGUUUAACAUAUGAAACAUUCUAUGUGUCUAAAGAACAUGACUUCUAUUCCAACUAAUUACCAUGGCUGGGUUCCAAAGUACAUAUUUUGCACAUACAUGCCAUAAACUCACAGAAUGCCUGCUGCUACCCGUAUGUACAUUUAAAUUCUCACCCCUGAGAAUUAUAGUGGUACCUACACUAACUAGGCGCUGGUAUAAAUAUGUUGUCAUUAAAGUAAACACAAUUUUCAGAUGUAGAAAAAAAGUUGAGUAGAUGGUACUUUAAUUGAGGAAGGGAAAGCUGUUCGUUAAAGAAUUGUUUUCCGCAAUUCACCUGGGGGUAAAAAAUAAACCACAACACACAUUUUGAGUUUAAAGAACAUUAAUAAAUGUUCUGUUUUAUUGAUUGUGGUGUCCCAAACCUUUUUAUGUUUUGAGACUGACUAGAAACAUAGAAUGUGACGGCAGAUAAGAACCAUUUGGCCCAUCUAGUCUGCCCAAUUUUCUAGAUACUUUAAUUAGUCCCUGGCCUUAUCUUAUAGUUAGGAUAGCCUUAUGCCUAUACCACGCAUGCUUAAACUCCUUUACUGUGUCGUAUUCCAGUUCCAACAGUAUAGCAGACCUGGUAAAUGUGAUCAUCAUAAUUGGCAUCAUUACCCUGGCAAAUUGUGUUGAUUUGCACUUAUGUUGUAGAACUGCCCCCCCACCUUUGUUAGAAAAAGGAUCAUCAGCCAAAUAAACCUGUUAUUUUGUUUGUUUUUAAUCAGAUUCUCCAUAUCUUUCGAGCGCUAAGCUGUUCACAAACAAGGCUCCUGUGUGGCGGUCUUUGAAAGGAACGGGUCAAAUGCAUACCGAGAACCCUAUGGCCAAAGUGCCACGGCAGCUGUGGCUGGCAUCUCUAAAACAAGGGAACAGUAAGGAUUCUGUCUUCUAGCUGCAAUUUGUAAACCAGUGUCAUAACUUUCAGUCCUCUUACAUUAACACAUGAGGUUUUUGCUAGGUAUUAAUGUAGAUCUAAACGCACUCCCGGUGUCACAAUCGUUUCUUCUUUUCACAGUAGUUUUGAUUGCCAGAGGCCAUGGCAUUGUGUAUGUAGACUUUGUGCUCUCUCAAGGCGCCGUGUUUAAAUCAAACGUCUUUAUGAUGGUCUAAAAAAUUAAAAGGUUUACUGAUUGUCUAUGUGAACCUAGAAGUUGAAUCCAAUAUGCCUAGUUUCAGUGUCUUUUGAUUGUGUCUCUUUCGUUAGGUGUGACUCAGCCUGUGAAGUCGAACACAGACACUGGACAGGCCUGGGCCAGUCCCACAAGCAGCACUCCAGAAUAUCUCAAAGAAGCUCUUGGGAUGAAGAAACCUAAAUACUCUCGUUCUUCUAGCAAUGGUAAUUACAAGUAAUUCAAAUCCUCUAGAACAGGGGUAGGCAACCUACGGCACUUCAGGUGUUUUUAACUACAUCUCCCAUAAUUCUCUUGCAGCCACAAUGCUGGCAAAGCAUCAAGAGAGAUGUAGUCCACAACAUCUGGGGUGCCAAAGGUUGCCUAUCCCUGCUCUAGAUUAGUUAUGUCCCACUGAGGAUCAAGCUGACCCAAACAGGUUUUUUGUAAUGAUAAUUGCUCUCUACUCCAACUGUCAUUUACAUAAUCUAUCAUGUGAUAAUGGCUGCUGUGAUGAGGAGAGAAAAAAAAGAGUACAGUGGUGGAAAUCAUAAAGUCCAUGAACUAUUAAAAGUACCCGAAUCAGACCUUGCCGUACACGGGGUGGGGGUGGGGGGGUGUCAAAUGCAAAUAAUAACCAAUCUUAUCAAAUGAAAUUAAGUUAGAUGAUGGUGAGUUAGAGACCACCAAGAACUCAGCUCCUGGUAAACACCGUAACCUCGGUUACAUGAUGGUAUGUGACCUGCCACAGCAGAUGGACUAACCGGCAAACUUAACGGAGUGUUUUAUCACAUGAUGGAAUGUUAUGUAAAUCUGGCAGUUGGCACUUACAGCAGCCAUUAGCACAUGAUACAUUAUGCAAAUGACAGUUGGAGUAGAGAGCAACAUAUCACAUAAUUAAUUAAAGAGAUGCCUAUCUACACAAAAUUUAGAUUUGGUAAGUGGGUAUUGUGAAUGUAACUAUUUAGAUGUAAUCACUGGGAGCAUUGAUGGCUGUAUUGAUGUUUAUUACCACGUUAUUUAUGUUGAACAUUUCUGCUUUAAACUGAGCUAGUCUGUCGAUUUUCUGUGAAUUGAUAAUCUGAUAAAGUAAUCAUUUCUUAUCUUUAUACAUGCCAAGGUUAUAUCCCGGGGACACCAGACUACAAAGAGAAAGAACAUAUGUAUGACCAGAUCAUAGACUUGAAGAAGGUAGUGCUAUGUAUUGUAUUAUAAGAGUGGAGGAGAUAUUGUCAGAUACGUUUGUUGAUGAGCUGCUUUAUGGACACGACAAACUGUUUAUGGGAGUUAUACCUGAAUUACAACCAGACAUCUAAGUCACAACAUCACCUACAGCAUUUUGAAACAAAAAGAGAAACAUGGUAGAAUAUGGUUUGAGAAAAUAAGGGUUUGGCUGCACUCACCUACACAUGCUAAAUUAGGGUGCUGCUGGGGGCCAAUAAGUACAGUGAAAAUGAAAAUCCAGCGCACUCGCUUAUCUACUAAACAGUCAUUUUAAUGCUGAACAAUUUUCAGUUUUAUUAAAAACACCUAAUCUAGGCAAAAAAAAUAUAAUGGGGGUUUAGUUACAGUAUAUGAUCAUACAUUGCAUAAGCCUGCCACAACGUCAAUGUACCCCAUCUUUGGCAGGUCCUACUCUGUCUGCUAAAUGAGCUUCUCACUUGGGGAAAUCCUUCCAUCUCGAGGUCUCUGCAGUACAAUGCUUAAAUAGGAUCCUGAGAUGAGGCACCUGUAACAGGGAGGGGUGCAAAACCCAUGGAGCUGGCUAGACUCCUAAAUAUAUACAUAUAUGAGAAAAUAAGGGUUUGGCUGCACUCACCUACACAUGCUAAAUUAGGGUGCUGCUGGGGGCCAAUAAGUACAGUGAAAAUGAAAAUCCAGCGCACUCGCUUAUCUACUAAACAGUCAUUUUAAUGCUGAACAAUUUUCAGUUUUAUUAAAAACACCUAAUCUAGGCAAAAAAAUAUAAUGGGGGUUUAGUUACAGUAUAUGAUCAUACAUUGCAUAAGCCUGCCACAAUGCCAAUGUACCCCAUCUUUGGAAGGUCCUACUCUGUCUGCUAAAUGAGCUUCUCACUUUGGGAAAUCCUUCCAUCUCGAGGUCUCUGCAGUACAAUGCUUAAAUAGGAUCCUGAGAUGAGGCAUUGUACUGCAGAGACCUCGAGAUGGAAGGAUUUCCCCAAGUGAGAAGCUCAUUUAGCAGACAGAGUAGGACCUGCCAAAGAUGGGGUACAUUGACGUUGUGGCAGGCUUAUGCAAUGUAUGAGCAUAUACUGUAACUAAACCCCCAUUAUAUUUUUUUGCCUAGAUUAGGUGUUUUUAAUAAAACUGAAAAUUGUUCAGCAUUAAAAUGACUGUUUAGUAGAUAAGCGAGUGCGCUGGAUUUUCAUUUUCAGAAUAUGGUUUGAACCAGUUUCUGGAUGUUGUGGGAUUUUUGUUUCUUUCUAAUAUUGAUUGUUUAUUGAAUUUUUUUUUGUGUUUGUUUUUUUUUUUUUUCACUGUUUUAAAUGAGAAAUUACAUUGGUGUUUGAUGUCCCUUAGGUCAUGUGUUACGUUUUUAUUUUUUGUAUCUCUUGUGAUACUUACAUCAAAUCAUAUAUAGCUACAUAGGUUAUUAUCAAUAAAGUGUUAUCAUGAAUUAUGUCGUUAAUCACUCCGUACACCCUCUUUUUUUUUUUUUUUUUCUUUUUUUUUUUCAGACGUUGCAGAAUCAGAAAUCUGAGUGUGACAUAAUGAAAACAAAACUGAGAAGACUGGAGGAGGAGAACAGUCGGAAAGAUAGGCAGAUUGAACAGCUACUGGAUCCUUCCAGGGUUUGUUAUAUACCACAUUUAUAUUCCCCCUCUAAUCCCGCUUUUCUUUACUCUAAUUAUUCUUUUAAACUGUUAGUUUGCUCGGGUUUCCCUGUUUUCCAUCAUCAGAAGCGUUUUGUUUGUUUGGAUUUUUAUACUAAAUUUGAAAGAAUAAUUUAAUUACCUAGAACAGUGAGCUGACAAAUGAGUGCAGAAAAAUGAAGCCACUUCUGCAAAUGAAUGGGUAAUGUCAGAAUCUACAAUUUACCUGUGAGAGUGGUUCUCAGUCCCUCGUAGACGUAGGAGACCAUAAAGUGGGACUAAUGUAAAAAAAAAAUUUAAAAAUAUUUUUGUUUUGCAAAAAUCAUGCCUUAGGCAUCAUGCCAUAAAAGUGCCUAACAUUACCAAAUAAAAAAAAAAUAAUAACCCCCUUAAUGGUAAAAUAAUCAGAAUAUUCUACUGUUUAAUCAUAGUUUAUUGAAUUAUUUUAAGUAAGUAAUUAAAUCAGUGUUUCGUUUGACUGCAAUGUGAACUAAAAAACCACGGAUUGUAUCUUUCCAUUGUAUUUGUAAUUAAUUAUUUUUGAUCCUUUUAAUUACUAUUCCAAGUUAAAAUGUCUGUGGUUUGCCACCAAGCAGAUUUUUUUUUUUCUUUUGGACAGAGCUCAGAAUAUACAAGAAGCUUGGUGGACAAAAAAAAUGAUAGCAGUAUGGUAAGUAAUCUUAAUAUUAACCAUAUUGUUUCCUAGAUAAGAUGUUCCAAGUCAUCAAAUAAGUCAAAAAAGGCAUUUAAAUUGGUACAUUCACUUCCUAGAAUUUUUAAAGGAACACUCCACACACCUAAAUCACCUCAGCUCACUGAAGUCCUUUAAAUGUGAAAAUUGUGACCUUUUUCCCAUUUUACAAAAAGUGCAGGUUUAAAUAGAAAUUAAAUUUUUUAUAAAUAAACAUUUUUACACCCCUAAAACCCACCCCCAGCGUGUCACAGACAACCGAUCUGUUACUGGCAAUGUCACUUGUUAAUUGAUUUUAGAAGAAAAUGGAGCACCACAUAAAAAGGGUUGGCACAAGUUAUUGGUCUUUUUUAAUGUUUAAUUCAAUAGUCUGAUUUCAAGAGAAGCGGCACCUCUAAUUUAAUCAUACGGGCAGGAUACACAUUUGUAAUCGCAAAUAAACAUUUAAAGGUACACUCCAAUAGAAUUUGUUUUUAAAAACUAUGUAGUAGAUAUACUUCUAAUGAGAAAUGCAUGAAUUUAUUGCUGCAUCUGAUUAUUGGGGUAUAUCUAAAUACUUCAAUUAUUGCAAAGCCUCUGAUUUGAGCAGUAAGUGCUCACAACUUUCAGCCCAAAUUUUCCUGCCUCAAAGCCAGGGGGUCAGCAGGCAGAACUGAAGUGGGCUCUGUGGGUGCGGUUGAGAUAUGCUUUGGAGAGUAGCAGGUGAGCUCUAGCAAUCGGCAGAAAAACCUUCCUACCAGAUUGACAGCCAGUGAGCCGUUUCUUACACUUUUUUUAUAAAAAAAAAAAAGAGUCAACUUCAGAGAAAAUUGUUACACUGCAAUCAAUUGGACCGGGAUAGGCAACCCUCGGCACUCCAGAUGUUGUGGACUAGAUCCCCCAUAAUGCUCUUACACCCAUAAUGCUGGCAAAGCAUCAUGGGAGGUGUAAUCCAAAACAUCUGGAGUGCCAAAGGUUGCCUAUGCCUGCAAUAGGAGAUUCUUCUCACACCUGAAUCACUCCAACAUGCUGACGUACUUACUGUGUGUGGAGUGUCCCUUUAAUUUUAAUUAAGACUUAAUUAAUACUGAAUUUUGUAUUCGACUUUUAUUUAUGGGACUGUUUGAAAAUCCCUGAGAAGUGAAGAAAACCGUGUGUUUACUCAGCGAUCCCUUGUAAACAAAAAAUGCUGUGCUACCCAUCUCUUUUAAAUACAGAAGAAAUAAAACAUAUUACAUGGUGUGACUUUAAUCUCUGUUUGUUCUAGCUGGUAAACAAUCUUAAACAAAAGAUCCUGAAAUUGGAAAAGCAAUGUAAGGAAAAGGAUAAUGCCCUAAGGUACAUAAUCCCAUAAACGUCCUUCUCUCUAUUUUUCUCAUUUGAUGUCUUUAAAACGAAACCGUCUUCAGUUUUUAUUAAUGAAUAUAUGUUUUUUUUACGUUAAUAACUCUUUUACCCGCAUGGCCUGGCUUGCCCAUGCUUAGCUAUUUCUAUGGAGAUGCCCCUUUUAGCUGAUGAACCACUUAUCUGUGCAAUUUUAAUACCUGAUAUCUGCCAGAAGUGCAUUUUUGAGAUGCUUUGUUGAUUGUUCAAGAUGUGAAGAUUCUUGAUUACAUUCACUGUUUUUGUCAGGUAAGCAGUGCGUCUGACCAAAGAGGACUUAAAGAUGGCCGCCCCCCCCAUAGAGCAAGGCUAAACUAGACAAGCAUGAAAAGAGUUAUUUAGUUUAAACAUUACAAAAUAAUACACACAGAGGCUAUACUUUUUGUGAUUAUUUUUUUUCAUAAUAGUAAAAAAUGAUGACAGCUUUCCUUAAAAAUUGUAUCAUGCUUUACAAAUGGGAUCAUGAAAAUAUGAAACCACUCAAUCAAAUUUUCUUAGGGAGUAUUGUGUAAUUGUAUCUUUUUUUUAUUUAUUUUUUGUAUUCCAUUAGCAAACUCCAGACAGAUCUGAAGACAACAAGCCUGGAGGAGAUGAAGAUGGCUAUGGAAACCUAUUACGAAGAGGUAUGUCCUGUUACACUUAACAGACGUAUAAAGGACAGUUAUUAUUAAUCUGGAAUCAACCACCAAAACUAUAUUAAUCUAAAUGGUCGUCCAAAGCACCAUAACAACUUUACAUUAUUGUAAGCUUAUGGUGCAGAUAAUAGCCAGUAUCCACUAUCCCUGAUGAGAAUGGCUUAUAACUGCAGCCAUUUGUAAAGCGGUCUGCAGCUGUUAAACACCCAUGGCUGAGACACAGCAAAGAUGGGAAUUUUUACAUUAGACAGGACGUGUGAAAAAGAAUCGCUCUCUUUGAGUGGAGGCUGCACAUUCGCUGCAAACAGCCUGAUUUACAACAUGUGAACUGGGCUGGAUAUAAACUUAUAGCACAUUCAGUAUGUGUGAUAUUGCCUGGUUUAGUAGUUCCACUUAUCAUAUGUGAUGAGUAGAACUCUGCCUGGGAGUAAACUACUUCUCCCAUAAACCACUCUCAUUUGUGCAGCUGCAAGACGUUUUGUCCCCACUUUGAGUUUUUCUUUAUUUUUUGUUAAUGUUGUAUGUAUUCAGUGCACUAUUCAUAUAAUGUGUUAAAAUACAUUAUUUAUUUGUGGUAGUGGCUUAAGACAUGAUCUUUCAGAAAGCCAUGAUUUAUAGAAUUUGGUCUCAGUGAGAUGUGCUAUGUCCGAAGUAUCAGGUAGAGGGAGCUCUUCCUAUAUUAAUGAAAAGAAAAGAUAGAAACGUAGAAGAGUACAUCGAAAACGGAGAAUAGGGAUAGGUACAGUCACCCAAAUGGUAAUGAGAAAGCGGGAUGUGUAUAAAACCCCCUCGCCACUGCCACACAUUCUAGCUAAAUUAAUUACUAACAAUAGAAAAUCCACCGUGGUAUGCAAAUAGUCACAAAGCAAGUGCAAUAUGCCCACAAUCCACAAAAAAGAAUUUGUUAUGGUCUGCAGCUUAGACUUAGAGUCCUAAAACAUAAUAUUGAGUAAAUCAAUAAUAAUUUUCAUAAUAACUUUGUUUACAUUUAAUGCACAUGGUACACUAAAAAUAAGUUGUUAUGGUGCUUUGAAUGUUCCUUUAAGAUAAAGCGGUUUUGGUGCGUAGACAGUCCCAUUAAAUGUGUCUGCUUUUAAAACUCUCACCUCCCCAGGCCUCCAGAACAUAUGUUUAUCAUGAUGCUUCCCUUUGUGACUCAACCCAAUCUCUGCUUCUGUGUGCCGCAGCCUCUCUUUUCUAGUACAUGGCAAUGGAUUACAGCUUCUUUUCAUGUUCACAGAUUCAACGGCUGCAGUUACUGCUGGCUAAAUUUGAAACAAGAGAGAAAAGGUGUGUUUUACAUCACAACCAAUAUGAUCAAACUAUUCUAGUAAUGUUUAAAGGAUUUCUCCAAUCACCACGACCACUCCAAGUGCACAUAUAGCUUGGAUUCUGUUUGUGCAUUGUUUCAGUUAGAAAGAGAUAUAGGAACAUGCUGCCACAUGUGUACCUCCAUCUCUGACAGCGCCAUUAGCCAGGCUGGCUAAUGUUAAAUCUGCGCAUUUUGGGCAUAUGUCGUUGGCACGUAUACAUGCUGGUGACAGAUUAAACAUGGGAGUAUUUCCCCACCCCUCCCUCUCCCUGUGCCACCCAAGCAAGCCCUCCAUUCAACCCACCCUCCUUAAAGGGCACUGAGUGAUGUCAUCAGAGGAAAACUUGACAUUGGGUCGCAAGUAUGUUUUUGUUUUGUUUGUUAUUUUGAGGGGAGGACAUGGGUAUUAAAACACGUUUUUUUGGACUGAGUACCCUUUAAAAUAAUUUUCUUUUUCUUUUAACAGUAGUUAUUUUAUUUUAAUUGCUGUCUAUUCUUGUGGCAGAUCACCACCAGAAAGUAAAGAGUCUCAGAAAACACAGAAAGUCCUGAAUUCCGCAGUGGUGCGAUUAUCCAAGCGUGUAAAGGAAUUGCAGGAGGAGAAUCACAGCUUAAAAACUGAUCUGGACAGAGCGUUGUCCAAGUCUCCUAUGUCUGCCAAGUCUAAAGGUGCCAAUCACAUAACUAUAGAAGAUAACCUCUUCCAGAAUCAAUUUAGAUUAAAUACAUUUGAUUUAGGAAAAGUCAAAAUGGGAGGCAAAAACAUUGUAUUAAUUGUGUAAGCAAAAUACGUCUUUAUCCAGGCAAUUUGCAUAGAAAAUGUUAACACAAAAAAAUGCUCAGAACUGUCUGUUUUUAAACAUCUUUUUCGUUCUUUAACCCCUUAAGGACACAUGACACGUGUGACAUGUCGUGAUUCCAUUUUAUUCCAGAAGUUUGGUCCUUAAGGGGUUAAGUAUAAAAAAAAAAGACGGCAAUACCAAUCGACUUUCACUUUACAUGCUAGCAACAUUUUGUAAAAUGUUCAGAGAUAGAAUCGCUUAACUUUUAGUUUUUAAAAGCCAGAUGGGGUUUGAUAUUUUUCUUUUUUUUUUUUUUUUUUUUAAAUAAAUACUUUGGUUAGUUCAAUUAUUGUCCCUUUACAAUUACAUUUUUACUAGCAGUGCAUUGCUCACUUUUUUAUUAGUAUUUAAAAUGUCAAAAGUGAUAAGAAAAAUGAAACAUUCUCUUUAGAGCACCAAAUGUCUUGGCUGCCAACCUGUGAAUUUUUUUUUUUUUAAACAUAAACUAAAUUUACAUUUUGAUGUGAUCUCUUCUUCAUAUUUCAUAGAACAGAUCCCUUGGUUAUUAUUUUUUUCCCUAAAAAUGUAUAGUAGUUGUGAAAGUGAUAUCAAAACAGUAUAAUCAAAGAUUAGUAAAAGACAAAGGAAAGGGUUUAUUAUAGUAAGAACAAUAAUGAUGUGGAAUUCUCUGCUUGCAGAGGUGCUUUUAUCAGAGUCAGUGCAGAUGUUUAAACAACUGGAUGAAUACUUGGAAAAACAUAAUAUUCAGGGAUACCAUUUUUAAUUAGUCGGGUAAUAGAUUCUCGAUCGAAGGAGAGAUCUGACUGCCAUUCUAGGAUCAAAAAUGAAUUUUUUUCCUAGUUUGUUCCAGAACUGGAAAGUGAGUCAAACGGCUUUAUUUUUUUUUGCCUUUUGAAUCAACAGCAAAAACAGAUGUGAGAAAUGCUGAACUUGAUGGACUCAUGUCUAACGUAACUAUCUAUCAUAGUUUCUGGGGGGAUUUAAGCGACCAGUGCCUUAUUAUAACACUGCAUCUACACAUUGAGUGGUUUCUUAUACAUGUGCACAAGUGAUAUGCAAGUUGUGUUCGGAAUUUGUUUUGCUGGCCAGCAUCCGAAAGUCCCCGGUUACAGUAGAACUUAACAGCUCUAAAUAGUUCUAAAAUCACUGGCAUCACAGAAAUCACUGGCAGAUUUUUAAGCACAUUAAAGAUUUAUUCCUUUUAUUGAUUCAGAAGGCAAUGAGAAUUUUACAUUGUAAUGUCUACAUAAACCUAUGUCCCUUAUCCCUCGCACAUACAUUUAACGAUAUCUCGGGUUAUUUAAAAUUGUAUUACCCUAAUUUUUUACCUAUUUCUAGUUUAUUUCCAUGGUAGUCAUAGCAACUUUAUUUUACCUUACCAUUGAUUAAUUCUUACACAUGAGAAUUUGCAGCCUUUCCCUCCAUGUAUUAGUGAGUGCUUUUACAUUGUGCACAAGUACAGUAAUUGCAACAACAAAAAAAAAAAUCAAGCCUUAGAUUGAGGAGCUGUAGGCUAAGAAGUACAUUAAGUAAAAUAGUCUUUUAAUACAUUUUUUUUAAUUAAUUUUUUUAACAAGGACACUUUUUAAAUAGAAAUCUGAUUGCAAUAAUCUAGAAUUAGAUAUAAAACUUUUAUAUGAAAUGCAUGACAGAUUAUCCAGGGGGGAGGGGGGGACAACAUAUUUAAAUAGCACAUUUGUGUGAUUUAAUAUUCUCCUGAUUUAAAGGUUACAGUGACUGGAGUAAGCAGAGGCUGGUGAGAAGAAUUUCAGAACUUGAAAAGGUGAUAUUUCUAAAACCAGAUUUCAGUCUUCUGUGAGCUGUUUUCAUUUUAUUUAAAGGAUCACUAUAGUGUCAGGAACACAAAAAAGUAUUCCUGACCCUAUAGUGUUAACACCACCAUCUAGCCCCCCUGGGCCCUUCAUGCCUCCAUAAAUAUAGCAAAAUCUUAGUUUAUUCAAGCAUGAAGCUGUAAAUCUGCAUGCUGUUAGACUCAGGAAAAACAAGCAGUCUGCUGACAUGUGAUAGCUUGAUCCAAUCACAAUGCUUCCCCAUAGGAUUGGCUGAGACUGACAAAGAGGCAGAUCAGGGGCAGAGCCAGCAUGAUUCAAACACAGCCCUGGCCAAUCAUCAUCUCCUCAUUGAGAUGAAUUGAAUCAAUGAAUCUCUAUGAGGAAAGUUCAGUGUCUGCAUGCAAAGGGAGGAGAUACUGAAUGUUUGGAUGCAUUUUAGGCAGCCAUGGCCCAGGAAGGAUCUCUAGCAGCCAUCUAAGGAGUGGCCAGUGAAGUUAUCCCUAGGCUGUAAUGUAAACACUGCAUUUUCUCUGAAAAGACAGUGUUUACAUCAAAAAGCCUGAAGGUAAUUAUUUUACUCACUAGAACAAAUUCAAUAAGCUGUAGUUUAAGUCCCUUUAAGUACCUCUUGCUCAGACACUCGUCCCUGUUUUGCUUCUAAUAAUAUUUUAUUUUUUCAAUGCUCAGAAGUUGGAGAAGCAGAGUCCAUCCUCUGCAGAGGAAGGCUCUGGAGAUCUUAAACCUCAGAAAGAAGGCGAUUUAAUCCAGCCCAAGCCUGACCUUAAAGAAGAAUGCGAGCGCUUGAAGAAAUUAAUUACGAAAGUAAAAGAAGACCGAGGAGCACUUCAAGUUUUUCUAGAAACCAAAGAGUAAGAGAAUUUACAUUUCUGAAUAAAUGUGGGUCUUCUGGUUAUUUAGCAACUUUCUGUUUAGAGGAAGAUUAUGUCUAUAUAAAAUUCUGUAAAGGUUUGUUCCACAAAGCAGAGGUUCAUGGGAUAUACUUGGAACCCCUGUAGAAAAUGAAUCAAAAGGAUUGGCUAAUAGACCUUUACUACUUUCUGACAUCUGCUUUCUCUUUGGCAUUACUUCUGAAACAUUGUUGAACUUAAGAAUUCAUUGUUCUGUUUAUCGCACGGUGGUUUUCAAUAUGCAUUCAAUCAUAGCAUGCUGUGUUUUUUUGUACCUCACUUGCCGUUAGUAGACAUGCUUUGGCCUUGACAGCAAGCAUACCAUGAGUUUGCAAUCUGCAAUGGCUUGCGUGGGAUCUAUGCUGCCUGCAAAAACUAUUUGUGAAGGAUACCGGUGCUCGUGGUUUUAACUCCCACGCUAUACUGCAAUGCAAUGAUUUUAAUGUGUUUGCAGGUCAGAGACAAAAAAACUCAAGCAAGAAAAGACAGAACUGGAGAAACAACUACAAAAAGCAUCGGAUAGGAACGCAGAGAGGUAUGUGUUUAAUGUAUGCUCACGGCUGCUUUGGGCCGCUGCUUGGUUAUAGAACCCACAUCUAAUGAUGAAACCUUGUGCUAAAUCAGAGAGCAUCUCCUCCCGCCUUCCUUAUAUCAGUAAAAACGUGAUUUUAGCAGUCUGUCGAGGGAAGGUACAGUGAAUACAAUAGGUGUACAGUAUAUUCAUUUAUAGAACGAUAAGCAGUGUACUUAACACUUUAUACAUUACAGGGAGGUACAGGAAGAGCAGUAUUUAUACACUCUAUAUAUAUUAUAUUUAUAUAGCGCCAACAGGUGUACUUAGCACAUUACAGGUCAUAUUACAGUGCAGUGCAAUAGUUAUACAGUGUAUAUAUAUAUUUAUUUACAUAGCACUAACAGGUGUAUUUAGAAAAUUACUGUUUACAUUACAGUAGAGGGAGGUACCGUAAGUAUACAGUGUAUAUAUGUAUAUUUAUUCUAGACGCUGCAAAAGGCUUCUAUGUGUAAAGUUCAAUUAACAGAGCAGGAGAUAAAAUAAUUAUAAAAUAACCACAUUGUGCUCUCAGAUCUGAUAGAAAAUGAAACCAUUUUUUCCAUGCAGGCUUACAUUCUUGUGAGUUGUGGCUAGGGCUGUAUAGAGAAAAAUGAUUUAACUCUUAAAUGUCAGCGACUUAAGGAGCAAGACUGCAGGGGCACGUUCUAUACACCAACACUGCUUCAUUAAAGGGACACUAGUUACCAAAACAUCUUUAGCUUAAUGAAGCAGUUUAUGUGUAUACAUCAUGCCCCUGAAGUCUCACUGCUAAAUUUUCUGCCACUUGGGAGUUAAAUCACUUUGUUUAUGCAGCCUUAGUCACACCUCCCUGCAUGUGACUUACACAGCCUUCCUAAAGACUUCCUGUAAUGAGUCAUCUAAUGUUUACACUUCCUUUACUGCAAAUUCUGUUUAAUUUAAAAUUCCUUAUCUCCUGCUCUAAUAGCUCACUAGACCUUGCAGGAUUCGUCUGUAUUUGAUUAAAGUUCAAUUUACAGAGCAGGAGAUAAAAACAACUAAAGUAAAUAAGAUCUGAUUGAAAAUGAAAUUGCAGUCUGUGUAAGUCAUAGCCAGGGGAGGUGUGGCUAGGGCUGCAUAAAUAGAAACAAAAGUGAUUUAACUCCUAAAUGGCAGAGAAUUGAGCAGUAAGACUUCAGAUGCAUGAUUUAUACAUUGGAACUUUAUAACAUUCUAAAUAAAAAAAAAAUUGGGUGCUUAAUGUUUCCCUGUUUCCCUUUAACUAAGGUUCCAUAGCAUUUAGGUUUCCUUAGACACCCUUCUCAUUCAGUAAUCACAUUUCCCCUUGAUUUGUGUUUAUGAAAUAAUAAGACGAACAUGUGCUUUGACCCUUUAGAGAAGAAAUUCAGCGACUUAAGCAAAAAAUAAAGAAGUUGGAGGCCGAGCUGGAGGAUGAAAAGCACGAGAAGGAAGCCACGCUGAAAGCUGUAAAAAAGGUUAUUAGUAUGAUUUCUAACAAAGCCAACAGUUUUUCAAUUUUUAUUUUUUUUAUUUUUUUUAAACAUAUGCAAUUUCAAAUAAAAGGAAGAAAAAUACAUGUUGAGUUCUCCUCCACUCUUUACAAAUCACUUUGCUCAUCUAUGGCACUCUUAAAACUUCACUCCUGCACUUUAGGACACUUACAACUUCACUUCCAUUGUAGAACCCAUACAACAUCACAUCUCUGUUAUAGAACUCUUACAGCCUUGCUCCUGCUCUAUAAAACCCAUACAACAUCUCUUCUUUGUUAUAGAAUUCUUACAGCUUCUCUCCUCCUCUGUAGAACCCUUACAACGUCACUUCUCUUUUGUAGAAAUUUUACAGCUUUGCUCCUCCUCUUUAGAACCCAUACAACGUCACUUCUUUGUUAUAGAAUUCUUACAGCUUCGCUCCUCCUCUGUAGAACCCUUACAACGUCACUUCUUUGUUAUAGAACUCUUACAGCUUCUCUCCUCCUCUGUAGAACCCUUACAACGUCACUUCUUUGUUAUAGAACUCUUACAGCUUUGCUCCUCCUCUGUAGAACCCAUACAACGUCACUUCUUUGUUAUAGAAUUCUUACAGCUUCGCUCCUCCUCUGUAGAACCCUUACAACGUCACUUCUUUGUUAUAGAACUCUUACAGCUUCUCUCCUCCUCUGUAGAACCCUUACAACGUCACUUCUUUGUUAUAGAACUCUUACAGCUUUGCUCCUCCUCUGUAGAACCCUUACAACGUCACUUCUUUGUUAUAGAACUCUUACAGCUUCGCUCCUCCUCUGUAGAACCCUUACAACGUCACUUCUUUGUUAUAGAACUCUUACAGCUUCGCUCCUCCUCUGUAGAACCCUUACAACGUCACUUCUUUGUUAUAGAAUUCUUACAGCUUCGCUCCUCCUCUGUAGAACCCUUACAACGUCACUUCUUUCUUAUAGAAUUCUUACAGCUUCGCUCCUCCUCUGUAGAACCCUUACAACGUCACUUCUUUGUUAUAGAAUUCUUACAGCUUCGCUCCUCCUCUGUAGAACCCUUACAACGUCACUUCUUUCUUAUAGAAUUCUUACAGCUUCGCUCCUCCUCUGUAGAACCCUUACACGGUCACUUCUUUGUUAUAGAAUUCUUACAGCUUCGCUCCUCCUCUGUAGAACCCUUACAACGUCACUUCUUUGUUAUGGAAUUCUUACAGCUUUGCUCCUCCUCUGUACAACGUCACUUCUUUGUUAUAGAACUCUUACAGCUUCGCUCCUCCUCUGUAGAACCAUAAAAUGUCACAUCUUUGUUAUAGAACUCUUACAGCUUCGCUCCUCCUCUGUAGAACCCUUACAACGUCACUUCUUUCUUAUGGAAUUCUUACAGCUUUGCUCCUCCUCUGUACAACGUCACUUCUUUGUUAUAGAACUCUUACAGCUUCGCUCCUCCUCUGUAGAACCAUAAAAUGUCACAUCUUUGUUAUAGAACUCUUACAGCUUCGCUCCUCCUCUGUACAACGUCACUUCUUUGUUAUAGAACUCUUACAGCUUCGCUCCUCCUCUGUAGAACCAUAAAAUGUCACAUCUUUGUUAUAGAACUCUUACAGCUUCGCUCCUCCUCUGUAGAACCCUUACAACGUCACUUCUUUCUUAUAGACCUCUUACAGUUUCGCUCCUCCUUUGUAGAGCCCUUACAACGUCACUUCUUUGUUAUAGAACUCUUACAGCUUUGCUUCUCCAAUAUAAAGUUCAGCUUCACUCCUCUACUAUAGGAAUCCUACAAUAGUCUUUACCAUAGUCACUACUGAUAAUAACCUAUGCAAGAUCAUGUUCUUACCAUUUUUAUUACUUUUCAAUUUCAUAGAAUUUUACUUCAUACAAUAAAUACAAGUGCAUAAAAAUAACAUAAAACCAUUAGGAAAAGUUAAAUACUGCAUCUCCACCACUUGAACAAAAAACACUUACAUUUUAUUUUGUUUUGUUAAAAAAAAAAAAAUAUGUAAAUAUAAUCAGCGGUAUAAAUUAUUAAAAAUGUGCCAGACCAGCUCCAUCUUAUUUUAUUAACUGUAUUUAUUUGAAAACUGAUUCAGUGAAUAUAAAAUGCCUAUCAACACCGUUAUUUCCUUGUGACAGAAUGAAUUACAGGGAUCCCGUCCCAGUUCUGCAAGGAGCACACGUAGUGUAAUGUCAGAUUCACCGUCCAUAAUUACGCCAACAGAAAGGCAGCGCAAACAGGAAGCCGCCCAGCUAAUACAAAAGAACUGGAAACUCUAUAAAAGCAAGGUAUGGAUUUAAUACGUAGGUCAGUAGGCCUCUAAAACAUGUCCAGUAUGGAAGACUGCACAGAACCUGAGUCGUUUAAAUAAAAAAAAAGGUUGUUAGCAGUGUGUUUCAUAUUCUUCAUGGUAUCACAAGUUUUAAACAAAGCAUAUUAUUUAACAAUUUUGUGUAUUAGUUGUCAAUGUACAUAGACCGGUAUGUCCAUUUUUAAUUAUUAUGUUUGUUUUUCUUCUCUAGAAAAAAAUCGAAAACUCAGAAGAGGUGAAAGGUUUUUCAGGAGACCAAAUGGUAAUCAUAACUCACAUAGUUUUGAGUGCCACAGGUUAGACAGGCAACCACUUUCAGUUGUAUUCUAGAGGUUCGUCUGAUAAGCAGUUAACGGCUGACUUUCCAGAUUUAUUCUGAAGGGGUCGAAUUGAAUAACAAACAAUACAAAAUCUCUAAUUCUGCCAAUUUAGCCAAAUUCUACAAUUUGGUUUCGAAAACACUGUUUAUUGGAUUAACCUCAGGUCUUGAUAAGACCCAUUAUUCGAGAACAUUGUGUUGCAGGAACACCAUAAUGCAGCUGCAAUUGUAGAACUAUUUUUGUUGGACGUGACGAGGCGUGUGGAGCAGGGUCGGCUCAAAUGAACUGUCAUUGUGAACGUAUUACCAUCUUCUUUAGUUAUUUCUGGACCUAAAACAAUUCUUCAUUAUCUGAGGUGGCCCUGGACAACAGAGGAAGCAUAGGCCUUCAUUUAAAAAGCUUUCCAAAUGAUUCAUCUACAAAAACAAUCUUUCAAAAUAAUUUAUUUACAAAAAUUCCUAUAAACUUUAAUGGUGACUUCUGUAGCUAAACAGUUUUAAAAGUUUUUCUAACCGUAUUAAUUCAUUUUGAAAAAGUAUUAAACCAAGGCCAUCAUGCAUUACUAUAAGCCUCGGUGAUUGUGAUAAGUUUAGCGAUAGAUGUCAUCCAUUUCACAUGUCUCUGGAGUGUUGUUACAGUUUCCUUGUGUAGAUGGUAUCUCUUUUCACCCUUGACUUAGCUAAUUUCUAUCUAAAUUUAGGUAAACAUGCCAACCUUGCUGUAUCUAGGAAGCAUUGGGGACCAAGUAAGGUCAUUAACCUAAAAAGAAUUUGAACAGUUAUGGGGAGCAUGGCCUUAAGUGUGGAAGAGGAACCAACCUCUUCCAGCAAGCAUCACAUUAGGGCAUGCAUGCGACUCAUUCCAAGAUAUUACUUACUCUAAAAUUCUACAUCCUGCUCACUUUCGUAAUGUAAGAGUAGUGGCACUUUAACACCACUAACUGCAUUAUGGAGCAAUAGGCAUUACAUCAUACUCCAUCUUGUUUAUAGGAAAAUGGGAAAUUAGAUGAAGUGUCUUUUAUUUAACAUAGAACAAAGAUCUAUAUUAAUUAAUUAUUCUAUAGCUUAUAGGAUCAGUUAUUCGAUUAGUAAGCAUAAUCGACUGCAAUUAUACAAAGUCCACUAGUGGAAACCUUGCAUAUUAGUGUCCUGAACCAGACCUUGCACUUUCGCAUAAGCACUGUGUUUUUAGCAGCGACUAGGAAAUUGUGGUCAUUGUUUUUUAUGAUGCAACGAUUUUUCUAUAUUCAGCCCUCCCGGUCUGUAUUUAACUUUGUUGCUUCUACUUUCAUAGGUGACUUUACUUCAGGCAGCUUUACGAGGACAUUUAGCAAGACAGAAGUAUUUAUCUACCGGUUCACUACCUCGUUCAAAGUCUCCCAAAGCAGAGAGCCUCACAGAUCAGGUGGGUAGCAAUGUCAUCUCUCAAAAAUGUUUCUUUAUUAAGUACAGAGUGGCAUAUACCACACUCUAAUCACGAUGAUUACUGCAACUUAUUGUAAUGGCUGUCAUGCAGAAAUUUGGGUGAGGACCCUCAGUUUUUUGUUUUUUUUUCUCAAACCAUUUAAUGAGGUUUGAAUAAAAGUAGUGGGCAAAGCCACAUGCUCUUAAUGCAAUUUAAAUUUCAAUAGAUUGGUAUGGAUAAUUGGGACGUGGCCCAGAGGGCUUGCACUUUGUGUCGUGGGAGAGCCGCAGUUCUUAUAAAACUGCUAAAAUGUUUUGAGAAAUAUCAGAGUGCCUCCACACAAAGGUUCAUUGUAGCAUAACCACCACAGUAACGUAUAAUGGAUAUGAGUGAUGUUAGAGUGAUGUUUAGGUUAUUCUUUCAACAAAUCAUGACUUGUGAUAAGCUGUCAGGCAACUUAGUGAAAUUUAGAACAAAAUAGUUAAUUUGAGUAACUUGAAAGGUAUACUUUCCAUUUUAUUAUAAGGCAUCACAGUCUGUCAUUUCAUAAUUAUCUACCUGUUUAUGGGUGGCAGUUAUAAAUUAACAAUGCCAUCACAAUCACACCUUUCUAGAUGUUUGCGGACAACACUUAACUUAUUUAGUUCCUCAAAAAAGAGCCCAUACCUUUAUGAUAAAGGAACACAAUAGUGUGAGAAAUACUAUAUUCCUAUUUAAAGUAUGGGUGCCUAUAGUGACUCUUUAACCCUGCAAUGGCAACCCUGCCGUUUUGUAAGAAACUACAAUGUUUUACAUUGCAGGGUUAAGAGAACAGGGACACUAUACCCAUGCAAUUUCAUUAAGAUGAAAUGGUCUUGGUAACUACAGUGUUCCUUUAAGUGCUGUCUUUUACAUAGCAGUGUACAUUUGCAGAGAAACCCAGUAUUAUAUACACAACCAUAAAUGAAUAUAUAUGUCUUCAGUGACCAUUUUGCUUUAAUUGCAGGACACCUCCGAUAACUAUAAGAAUGAAGAUGAAGCUGUGAGUUUCCUGCAAGCUGCAUUUAGGGCACAUUUAGCACGCUCAAAAAUGCUCGGACAAAGGUAAUUCAUAAAUGAAUGUUGGCUCUUCUGAUGCAUUGCGCUAGAUCAGUAGUUUACGUCAUUGAUGGCAGUUUAAGUGCAUGAAAAGUGCUACCUUAUAGUAUGCAAAAUUCGUGCGUUUCCAGAAGGAACUCGCUAACCAAGGUAGUUCGUAUUGGAUUCCCUGACUAGGUAACUGAUUUCCAUCCUUCAUUGUGUGAAUUCUACAUACCGCAGAGCAGUGCCUCUUAUGCUCUGCCCUUCUGCAUGUAGAUGUGAUAAUUGUCCAGGAACAUGUAGCCACAUUUUGAUCUGUUAGAAUUAUUUGUGAAAUAUACUACAUGUCUUUGUACUUUGGACCGUCACUUCAUAAAAUAUUACACCAUUGUAUAAAAUAUAAAAAAUGCCCCCUAAGUUGUGUUAAAGAAACACUCCAAGCAGCCACUAGUGUGAGCUGUGGUGGUUAUGGUGCCAAGAAUGCCCUGACUUCCCUGACCGAGAGCUUCCAGCUCUAUGUUGUUCGUAGUGCAGGUUGAGAGUUACUCCCUGCAAACCCCAGUGCUCAAAAAUGGUUUGAUUACAUACAAUGGAAGGAAACCAGAGCACUCCUGACACCAUAACCACCGCAGUGUUAGUGUUCUCCAUUUGAAAGCUAGACUCUUUCAGGAGGAUCAGUUACCAAAAUGGAGUCUAGGGAUUUUCUAAAAUCUAAUUGGUUCUAUGGAUUAGCACAUGUGAUUUACUAGCACCUAUGUUCAUCUCAGGUCAAUCGAGCCAAGAGGUCGGGAUAGUCCUCGCAGUAGUUUUCAGAAAGACAACAGAAGGUCAUUAUUUUCCUACAAAUCUUUUGGUAAGUUAGCCAGUUUUUAUGAAUUAAGUGUAUGACAAUUGAUAAAUUUUAUAAACCAAAUGUAUUAAUGUUUGGGUUUUUUAUGUUAACAUGCACAGGACAAAACCAAAAUACAAGCUCAUCAUUAGUUUCAUGUAUUUGGUUUCAGUUGAGACUACUCUAGUACAUUGUUUUAAUACUUACUAUAAUCAUUUUUCACAUGAAGUAAUUUUAAAGGACCACUAUAGUGCCAGGAAAACAUACUCGUUUUCCUGGCACUAUAGUGCCCUGAGGGUGCCCCCACCUUCAGGGUCCCCCUCCCGCCGGGCUCUAGGGGUUGGAAGGAGUUAAAUUUACCUCUUUUUCCACUGUGAAAAUCACAGUGAGAAGCGCGAAAGUGCCUCUAGCGGCUGUCAAUGAGACAGCCACUAGAGGCUGGAUUAACCCUAAUGUAAACAUAGCAGUUUCUCUGAAACUGCUAUGUUUACAGCAAAAAGGGUUAAACCUAGCUGGACCUGUCACCCAGACAACUUCAUUAAGCUGAAGUGGUCUGGGUGUCAAAGCUAGUAAUGCCCUGUUGGGCACUAUAAUUGUCCACCUACCUUUUUUAAAAUCACAAAAUGGGUAAAAACUUACUUUGAAGCUUUCUGCGCUGGUUUUCAUGCCGUGUCAUCCCUGGUCCUGUAAAAGGUUUCUCCUAGAGAAGCAAUUGAUUGGACCAUGCUCUCUGGGCCAGAGCGCUAUAAGGGGACAAGCAGAUAACGGUAAUGUCCGGCAUAUUUUUUUGCACAGAAUUGACAUUAAACAGUCCACGACGGAGUGCAGUGUAGUAAGUUGAAAACAUAAGUGUUUAUGGUGUUUGGAGUAACCAUUUAAACAUUUCCUUGACUAUCAUAUAUAAAUGAAUGCUUGUUUGUCAGCAGACAUAUUUUUUUUUAUUCGGUUGAUUAUUUUUAAAGGUACACUCCAUUUAAUUGCUUUUCAUUAUUUAGUAGAUAUACCAGAAAGGAAACAUGCAUGUGUUUUCUUCUGCUUGUUUUCUUUGGGAGUAAAUGAAAAGCAAACACUGCAGACCUGUUGUCUGCAGCCUCUGUAAUCUCUCCCCUCUGCAGCUAUUGCAAGCCCUCUGGUUCCUGGCAGCCAGUGAGGCAUUUCUGCUCUCAGUUACAAAGGCUUUGAUUUUGAUUUUUUUUUUUUUUUUAAAUCGCUACUUUUAUAAACUGUUGAAAAAAAGUCUCCAGGCACAUAAUGCACUUCAUCAAGCUUGAAUAUCCAGUCGAUAUCCGCCAUUAAAGUAGCUCAGUCAUUUCUGAAUAUUUCAUAAAAUAUAUAAUCUUUAUGAAUUCCUCACAGUGACUUUGUUUACAUUUCUUUGAAAUUCCAUUGCAGUCCAAAGAUACCCAAAGACAAAAUAAAUGUACUUAGUCUUAUGGGCAAGCCCGUGGGUGACAAAUGGUGGAGCUUUGCAGUCAACUUUUGCCAAUUCCCAUCAGCCUUGCAAGUGCCAGACUUGAUCUAUGGAGUUUCCCCCCAGUCUUACAUGAUCCUCCAUAGACCUCAGUAUUCUACUCUCACACAGGCGCAAAAGUAUAGCACUGAUAUGGCUCUUGGGAGAUGAAGAUACCUACCUUCCAGUGAGAAUUUGCAGACUAAUUUAAUUGUAGUUUGUGGUCAUUAAUUAAGUGUUGACAAAUCUAGUUAUCUAAUGUAAUAUUUUUGCUAGAGGGUUUACUCAAGUUGAGAACAGCUCCCUUGUAUCUAUGACUUUUGCCCUGUUAUCGAAUACAAACUAGUUAUUUGACAUAGUAUUUGUUCUGCAGAAACCAAUACACCCAGUGGAAGCAUUGGAGAUCUCAGGGAGGAUUAUAUUGAGGAGCUAUCAUCAGAAGAAGAGAAGGAAGAAGCAGCGCAAAAGAGGGAGUCCAUCAAAUAUUCACCCCGGCGACCACCUUCAGGUAGUCUAGAACUAAGAUGACCAAAUGUAUAUCCACAGCCUUAAAGAACCAGCCUAGGCACUCUAACCAUUACAAUGCAGUGUUUGAGUAGUUUGACCAAAACCCAAGUGUCUGGUCCUCUGCUCAUCUUUUGCUAACACGUAAGACACCUUCUGUUUUGGCAACAUCAGAUACAUCCAUAUUUUAAAGCCAUUCAUGAGUGAGCUGGUCAGUUGAUGCAUGGACCUUCCAUAUUCGCAAUAGAUAAGCAGAGAGCCGGACAAGUGGUGCUUCGAGGACUCCUAGUUUUGGUUAAACCAAUUGAAAGCAGUUCGACCUAGAAUCCGUUGGCACGUGUAGGUUACGGUGCCUAGAUUGCUACAUUGAGACUGGCAAAGCAUCAAUCAGAUUUGUAGAUGGGUCUACAACAGUUGGGGAUCUGCUUUUUGGCCACGCCUGACCUUAAUAAUUGUCUAACAAAUUAUUUGUAGCCAAAUCAUUUUUUUUUAAAAGCUGAUUUUGUUUUUCAUGUCCAUAGUUUCAUCGAAGAUCCAGCAACCUAUUGAGGAAAUACAUUCAGAUGAUUCUGAUGACAUAAUAAUUGUGUCUCCAUCACGACCUCCCAGGAAAAAAGACUCUAAUUUUUAA